AUGGCAAGAAUAUCAUGCAAGUUAAUUGUUGGCAGCACAAUUGUUGAAGAGCUAACUGCAGAAAGAUGUCGAAAAUAUCAAGUUCGUUUUGAAGAAAUUGGAAAUAUUACUGUAGAUGUUCUUGCAGAUAAUCUAAAAUAUGAAAAACAAGCUACUCCAAAUAGAGAAGAAUUAGUUACAGAAUUGUCAUUGGCUUCACCAGCUUACAAAUAUAUUUCUUAUAGUAGUGAUGAUAGUAAAAAUUACUUAGAAGAAAACAAUGAUAGAAAUAACAUAGAUGUAAUUAACUUUAGUAUUACAAUAAACUGGCAUAAGCAACAAAUAACUAUUGACCAAUAUAUAAUUCAUCUUGUAUACAACCAAGAUUGCAAAAUUAAUAUUCCAUCAAUAAGUUUAACUUCACCAUAUGAAUUAUUUUGCUGA